GAACCCUGAACUCAAAGUUGAAUCAUUCCUUGAGUCCCCCUCAAAAUAGCAACUCGUUUAGACCCCCGGUUCGGGUAUAAGAUUUGGUAUCAGAGCUAAGUGUUGAACAUCCCCAAGGGCCACUCACCAUCACUCCCUACCCUCUUCCCUAAAACCCCACAGCCAAACUAAAUGACCUUCCUCACCUUUUCCCACACCAAUCAUGUCAAAUGAAUCCCAACCCCUGUCUCAUGAGGAGCUUGUUGCCUCCAAUGCCGCUUUGAAGGCCCAAGUAGAGUACUUGGCUAAAGAGGUAGCCAAGCUUACGAAGAUGAAACUCAACGAGCACCAAGGAAGUGACCGUGAAGAAGACGUUAGCUCUAGUGGAACCAUGAAGCCUAAAGCCAAUGAAGGUUCUGACUUCAAAGUUGACAUUCCAACUUUUGAAGGGAAGAACGAUCCGGAUGAGUUCCUCGAGUGGCUAGAAACAGUGGAACACGUCUUUGACUUCAAAGAUGUUUCCGACGAAAAGAAGGUCAAGAUAGUGGCCUUAAAGUUCCGGAAGUAUGCAUCAACUUGGUGGACUAAUACGUGCACCAAGAGGUGAAGAAACGACAAAGAACCGGUGUCCACGUGGGCCAAAAUGAAGUCUCUCCUAAAGAAGAAGUUCUUGCCUGCGGAAUAUGUUCGUGAGAAUUUUGCCAAGCUUCAAACGCUUAAGAAAGGUUCAAAAUCCGU